AUGCCUUUUUCCUCUGAGCAAUUCACUACUAAGCUAAGUACACUUGAAGACUCCCAAGAAUCUAUUUCCAGCGCUUCGAAAUGGUUGCUUCUGCAGUAUAGAGACGCUCCAAAGGUAGCAGAGACAUGGAAAGAGUACAUGUUACGGACUAGUGUAAACACAAGAAGAAAACUGCUGGGUCUUUAUCUAAUGAAUCAUGUUGUUCAACAGGCUAAAGGCCAAAAAAUCAUUCAAUUUCAAGAUUCCUUUGGGAAAGUAGCAGCCGAAGUAUUAGGAAGAAUUAACCAAGAAUUCCCUAGGGACCUGAAAAAGAAGUUAUCAAGAGUUGUUAAUAUCCUAAAAGAAAGAAAUAUUUUUUCCAAGCAAGUCGUCAAGGACAUAGAGAGAAACCUUAAAAGCGAAAGCUCACCAGUCGAAGCAUUAGUCUUACCCCAGAAAUUAAAGGAUUUUGCUAAGGACUAUGAAAAAUUGACCAAAAUGCAUCAUAAUGUUCGCGCUAUGAAAAUCAGAUUAGACAAGUCAGCAGAUGAAUUGGAUCCUUCAAGUUCUGUGUACGAGGAAAACUUCAAGACUAUCAGUAAGAUUGGAAGUAUGGCUAGAGAUGUUAUAAAUGAAUCUAUCCAUAAAAGACAGAGUGGCAUCCAAAAAUUGCAAAGUGCUCUAGAUGAUGAGAAAAAGUAUCUUGAUGAGGAACAGAGUAUGUUGAGUGAAAUAGAGUUCGUUUUAUCCGCGAAAGAUCCGUCCAGAUUAAAUAAAAACGUCGACGAAGACAAUAUCAUUCCUACAUAUGAAGUUGGUGACGGUGACGAUGAUGACGAUGACAAUGAUGAUGAUGACAAUAAUGAUGACGAUGACAAUAACGACGAUGACGAUGACGAUGACGGCAAAAAUAACGGCGAUGAGUCCGACGGCAACAGUUAUGGGCUUGGUAAUAUCGACACAAUGGAGGAGAAGAAUGAAGGUGCGGAUAAAACGAAUAGUGAACAUAAAAACUCCAUAGACAUUUCUGGUGACGUUAAUUCUGAUCUGAAAAGAACAUAUGAUAUGAUAGGCCACGACGACUCUAAUAAAAUACCUGAGAAAAAGCCUCAUCUUGAUUCAAAAGCAUAUGAAGAUAGUAUUUUUAGCGAUGAAGGCGGCCAUUAUGAGUUAGAUAUGGAAAGCCAUGGCGUUCAGGCUGACGAAGAUGCAAAUGGAAAUUCUGAAGGGGUUUCCUCUAGUAUACAAGACUUGUUAAGUAAGCUCGCAAAUUAA